UUCUUCCGCUCUCUACCCAUUUCCUCCCGCAGGGGUUUUCGCCCUGCCCCUCAGCGCCCUCCGGUAGCGGAAAAUCCCGCAGUGGGCCUCUCUGGCCGCCUGGAGGACUUGUCAUCUGUGUCUGGAGGCGCCCGGCGGCGGCGGCGGCGGUGGGCGGGUCUGAAGUGCGGCGCGACGAGCCACUCUUGUGCGCCUGCUCUGACUACUUUAAGUUUGUGGGUGUCUUCGCCAUGGGGCUGCCAGAGGUGUGGAGCUUCAUGUGCAGGUUUAAUUCAUUCAAAAGGACGAAUAUCAUACUGCAGCAUUUGAGAAUGUCUAUGCACAUGGAUGCAGCAGGAGAAGUACUACUGGAAAGAAGAGGUUGUGCAGGAGUGAUAACACUAAACAGACCAAAGUUCCUAAAUGCAUUAACCUUUAAUAUGGUUCGGCACAUUUACCCACAACUAAAGAAUUGGGAACAAGAUCCUGAAACUUUCAUGAUCAUUAUAAAAGGAGCUGGUGGAAAGGCUUUCUGUUCUGGGGGUGAUAUCAGAGCGAUCUCAGAAGCUGGAGGGGCAGACCAGAAGAUAACUCAAGAUUUCUUUAGAGAAGAAUAUAGGCUGAACAAUGCCAUUGGUUCUUGCCAGAAACCAUAUGUUGCACUUAUUCAUGGAAUUACAAUGGGUGGGGGAGUUGGUGUCUCAGUUCAUGGGCAAUUCCGAGUGGCUACUGAGAAGUCUCUCUUUGCAAUGCCAGAAACAGCAAUCGGACUCUUCCCUGAUGUGGGUGGAGGUUAUUUCUUGCCACGACUUCAAGGAAAACUUGGUUACUUCCUUGCAUUAACAGGAUUCAGACUGAAAGGAAGAGAUGUGUAUACAGCAGGAAUUGCGACACAUUUUGUGGAUUCUGAAAAGUUGGGCAUGUUAGAAGAAGAUUUGAUAGCCCUAAAAUCACCUUCAAAAGAAAAUAUUGCGGAUGUCUUAGAAGCUUACCAUACAAAGUCCAAGAUUGAUCAAGACAAGUCUUUUAUACUUGAGGAACACAUGGACAAAAUAAACAGUUGCUUCUCAGCCAAUACUGUGGAACAGAUUAUUGAAAAUUUACAGCAAGAUGGUUCAUCUUUUGCCUUAGAACAGUUGAAGGUAAUAUAUGGAUCAUUUCUGCUCUGAGUGUGGUGGAUUUUGUGAUAGGGAAACCUCCUUGAAGGGCACCAGAGCUCUGUGGUGGUGACACUGCACAGUUUUUGUUUUUUUU